GUGUGUGUGUGUGUGUGUGUGUGUGUGUGUGUGUGUGUGUGUGUGUGUGUGUGUGUGUGUUAACUGCAGUGUAAUAAUGUGGUAACUGUAUAACUAGUUGUGUUAGCAGUGAUUUAGGACCAAAGUCCACCUCCACUACAACAGAGCAGGAAGAGACUUGAGGAAACACAGAAAACUGUUAUAAAAAGAUGGAGAACAGUUUGGUGAUGAUGUGUGUGAUGCUGCUGGCUCCAGUGUCUGCUGCUGAACAGGCUGGACUCAUGGAGAGCAUCCUGCUGUCCAUCCACCAUCGUCCCUGGCUCAUGGGCCUUUACGUCUUCGUCGUUGGACUUCCCAUCAUCCUUUUCAUAAGCUUCAUGUGGCCUGAUAAGAGGUUUGGACCACCAGAUCAGCCGUAUUAUUAUAAGAAGUCAGAUGAGAUUCAACCAGACGAUCCUGAGACGUCACCGCUGAGGAGCUCAGCACAUGUCAAAG